AUGGAGCGGAUCUUUAGAUUUCUGCGAUGUGAUGAUCUCGAGCGUCUUAUGUGUAUGUCGUAUCAGCUUAAGGGGUCAGCGGAUUUUUGGUGGGAAGCAAAGCAGAAAACCAUGACCCCAGAACAAAUGGCUGCUCUAACUUGGGAGCAAUUUAAGAUAACGUUGUGUGAAAAAUAUGUACCGCGAAGUUAUCGAAAGAAGAAGGAGACGGAAUUUGUAAAUCUGAGGCAGGGAAACAAAACAGUAGCUGAGUACGAUCGUCUGUUUUGUGAUUUGGCUCGAAAUGCACCAUAUCGAGUAGAUACGGAUGAGAAGAUGUCAGAGCUGUUUUGCUCUGUACUAAAACAAGAUAUACGGGUUGUCUUGGCAAGUCAGAGUGCGCUGUCAUAUGCUGAAGCUUUAAAUCGAGCAUUGGAUAUGGAACUGGCAAUGCAGCCAGAAAAGACGAGUCAAAUUUCUGUACCCCAGUCGAACCCGAACCCUCAAAGGGGAAAUCAACCUUUUUCGGGACAGGGACAGAAAGGAAAGAGGAAAUGGGAAGACCGAAGUCGAGAAUUUAAAAAGCCAUGGCAGUACCAGAAUGCACCACCAUAA